AUGCCGACAAUAAUCAAACGUGUGACAGUCGGUCUUAAUGUCCCAACCACCGCUGGUGAAUACCUUAAAGUUUACUGCACUGGUAGUCCCAGCUUGCCUUUCCCUGAACCGACCAAAUUUGACUUUUUUGCCACCCAAGAGGGCUCCACAGAGCCCAUUAUUACAAUGGAGGGUCUGGUAAUGACCCCCCUCAGAAAUCCAGACACUCACCGUGAAGACACUCGCAAAUUGUGCUAUAAGAUUGGUUGGCAUCCCUUGGCGGAGGUUGAAAACGCCGUUGAAGGAGAGAUUCAAGAUCGCAAUGGCCCUGCAGUAUCUGAUAGCCAUACUUAUACCUACGGGGAUACAAACACGAAUGGAAACACAGAGCAGAAAGACAACGCGCACGCGAGUGGGAAUGCUAUCAUACCCAAGCACGAUCUAUUCAUCACCCACUUUGGCAAAGCCGAUGGUAUCGCUGAUAAAUUGAGGAAUGCACUGUCCGACGAAUCUGGCUGGCAGGUUUAUAUCCGAACCUUUGGUGAAAUGGACUUCUCUCAAAAGUAUCUUGUUCUACUUCAGAUUGGAGCUAGCUCUCUACGAUACCUGGCCGAGGAUAUAUUUAAGGAGCUCAAGAAGGCGCUGUUCAAUGCUCGAACUGUGCUCUGGGUCUACCGGACUGAUUCUCCCGAUGCUCAAAUGACAGUCGGCUUGACUCGAACCUUGCGCUCGGAGACCAUGGCCAGGAUAGCUACUCUCGGGUUGGCUCCUGAGGACAUCAAAUAUCCCGAGAAGCCUAUUCAGGCAGCCAUUAGUGCUCUAUGGCCCACCAAUGGGACCCAGCCAUCAAAGGAUCUCGAGUUCAAGGCCAAAGGCUUGGAGCUAUUUGUCCAACGCGUAGUGGAAGAUGAUGCUGCUAAUAGUUUUGUCCACAAUGAGACCCACGACAUGACAAUCUCAACCCAGCCAUUCAAUCAACCGGGGCGACGCUUCAAGAUCCAGAUCGGCAAUCCAGACCGUAUCUUCUAUAGUCGUGAUGCAUCUUUUGCUCGCAGCAUCCGCAGAGCCACUGGUGAGGUUGGCGUGGACGUCAUCGUGAACUCACUAGCAGGUGAUCUUUUGCGCGAGACUUGGGAGUGCCUUGCACCGUUCGGACGAUUUGUCGAGAUUGGCAAGGCUGAUAUCACGAAGAAUACUCGCCUUGAUAUGCAACCUUUUGAGCAUAACGUCACAUUCUCGUCGGUUGAUCUCACUAAGGUUGGCAAGUUCAAGCCGCAGGUGAUGAAGCGCCUCCUGGGUGACGUUUGUCGGUUGAUUGGUGAGGGAUCGGUGCAUCCCGUCCUACCACUUUCGACUUACCCGAUUUCUGAUAUCGAGAAGGCAUUCCGUGCUCUACAGAUCGGCAAGAGUAUGGGUAAGAUUGUGGUGGUUCCCCAUGAAGGUGACCAAGUCAAGGCUGUGGCUCCUAAGACUAGUCCAACUCUCCUACGAGCUGAUGCAUCGUACAUCUUGAUUGGUGGUACUGGCGGUCUAGGCCGAAGCAUCGCCAAGUGGAUGUCCUCGAAGGGCGCAAAGAACAUUGUUCUUGUGUCUCGUCGAGCCGCGAUUAAUGACAGGGUUCAAGCUUUGAUUAAUAUCUUAGCUCCCUUGGGAGUGCGUAUUGUCGUCAAGGCUUGCGAUGUCAGCAGCCCGGAGUCUGUCGAGGCUCUGGUUAACGAAGAAAUGAAAGACCUUCCCCCUAUACGUGGAGUUAUUCACGGUACGAUGGUGCUUCGUGACAUGCUCUUCGAAAACAUGUCUCUUGAAGACUUCACGGCCGUAGCAUGCAACAAGGUAGAAGGAGCUUGGAAUCUGCAUAACACGCUGAUCAAUUCACCACUGGAUUUCUUCAUUGCCCUAUCAUCGGUAGCCGGCAUCGUCGGCAAUCGCGGACAGGCAGCAUACUCCGCAGCAAAUGCAUUCCUGGAUGGAUUCAUAGAAUACCGCAAAUCCCUUGGCCUUCCAGGAACAUCAAUCGACCUAGCUGCAGUCAGCGACGUCGGCUACCUAGCCGAUACCGACGCCCAGCGGCGCCAGGAAGUAAUGAAGAAUAUCGGCGGGCAGACCAUCGACGAGUCGGAAGUCCUGGCGCUGAUAGCAGCCGCUCUAACCGGUGAUCUCGACCAGUCCUGCUCUGGGCAGUGCAUCACAGGACUGCGACUGGAUUCACUCGAGAACAACUUCUGGGUCCAGGACGCGAGAUUCAGCGUGCUAUAUGAGGCUGCCAAGCGCACACUGGGAAGCAGCUCACAGAGUGAUGGCCCGUCUGUGCCGCUGCAUGUCACUUUGUCGGCUGCGUCAUCUAGGGAGGAGGCUUUGAAAGUGUGCUACGAGGCGCUGGCUGCCAAGUUAGCACAGGUGCUUGUUCUCUCCUUGGAAGAUAUGGAUCCCUCAAUUACAGUGGUUUCGUUGGGUCUUGACUCGCUGGUGGCUAUUGAGAUCCGUAACUGGAUUGCCCGUGAGGCUAAUGCCAAUGUGCAGGUUCUGGAGUUGUUGUCUGGUGGUAGUUUGAUGGCCUUGGCUGAGAUUAUCCUCAACAAAUCUCAGGCCUAUACUCGCACUGAGUAA